AUGUUCACAUUGACCGCAACGGGCGCCGUGUUGAAACUCACGGGUAUUUGGACGCCACACACAGGCACUCCUUGCGAUGUGAACGGCAAUGAUCUUCCACCAAACACUCUACUCGCGCCACUCCCAGAAAAAGCAUCAGAUGAUUACUACCCUUUCGACAGCCGAGUUGAGUUUGAGCUCGCCGACUUCUUCUUCCGGAAGGCCGAGAUGUCUGCCUCUGAUGUCGACGAGCUCAUGCAACUCUGGGCCGCUACAUUACCUGAAGAUGAAGAUCCACCAUUUGCAGAUAAUAAAGAUGUCAAGAAUGCGAUCGAUGCUAUUCCUCUUGGAGAGGUCGACUGGCAGUCGUUCUCAGUUUCCUAUGGCGGCCCACGUCCCUCUUGUAACAUACCGCCAUGGAUGGACGAUGAGUACAGAGUAUAUUUCAAGGACCCACUCAAAGUCGCACGUAGCCAGCUCGCCAACCCUGAAUUUGUGGAUAGCAUCGACUACACCCCAAAGCGAAUUUUUGACCGCCACAACAAACGGGAGUAUAAGGAUUUUAUGAGUGGAAACUGGGCAUGGAGACAAGCGGACGAGAUUGCUCAAGAUCCCGAGGCACAUGGAGCCACUUUCUGCCCACUUAUUCUCGGAAGUGACAAGACAACAGUUUCUGUUGCAACUGGCCAGAAUGAUUACUACCCGCUGUAUCAGUCAAUUGGACUCAUUCACAACAGUGCUCGCCGAGCACACAAGGGUGCGGUCGCUCUCACUGCCUUUCUCGCUAUACCUAAAACUGAGCGAGACUUUAAGGACGACCCUCACUUUCGCAAAUUCCGUCGACAGCUUUUCCACAUGUCCUUGAAGUUUAUCUUACAGUCUGUUCGCUCAGUUAUGACCACACCAGAAGUGACGCGUUGCGCCGACGGGCAUUACCGCCGUGUCAUCUAUGGACUAGGGCCCUAUAUCGCUGAUUAUCCGGAGCAAGCCCUACUUGCAUGUAUCGUGCAGGGAUGGUGUCCGAGGUGCGCUGCUCCUAGCAAUAACCUUGAUGAUGGCGAUAAUGUCCCACGAUCUCAUGAGCACACUCGCGCGUUGCUGAAAACGUUCGACUUGAAGACGCUAUGGGACGAUUAUGGCAUCGUCGGUGAUCUUGUGCCGUUCACAGUAGACUUCCCGCGCGCGGAUAUUCACGAGCUGCUUGCCCCCGACCUCUUGCAUCAAGUGAUCAAGGGCACCUUCAAGGACCAUCUUGUGACCUGGACUGUCCAAUACAUCACCAACGAGUAUGGCAGUGAAGCUCCGAAGAUUCUCGCAGAUAUAGACCGGAGGUUCAAUAUCUGUGGUUCCCAACUUCCCUGGGUUGAGGCGUUUCCCGCAAGGCCGGGGGUUUAA